GAAUCUCCUGCAAGCCAAAGAAAUGGGGAUAAAAUUCGAGGUCAACCUCUACGGGGACAGGGCGGGAAGCAGCGGAGGCGGAGACGGCGGCGCCGGACCCACACCGCCGCCUGCACCGGGCCUUGCGCCGUCAGCCUCCCUCGACCCCGCGGCGGCGGUUUCCACCUCGUCGCUCCCGCUUCGGCCGCCGCUGACCCCCAUCGUCAAGCACACGGAUGAAGGAUCGGAUGACGAUGAUGAUGAUGAUUGGCCCCAAGAAGAAGAUAGAAUGGAUUGGGAGGCGGCGCAAGAUGAUGUGGAUGAAGGAUUGGAUGAUGAUGAUGAUUGGCCCGAAGACGAAGAUGACGAGGGUUGGGAGGUGAUGCAAGAGGAUGAGGAUGAAUUACCUGAUGAUGAGAAACUCUACAUUCCAUUGUUUAUGAGCGCUCAAGAGAGGAAUCUCCCGCAUAAUCUUGUUCGGCAUGACUCGGUGCCGCUCAACAAAAAUGAAUAUUUUUCUCUGUGGAAAAAUUGGAAUAAGCUGCUGGAUGGCAAGAGAACAUACCUCCGACCACUGAAGGACUGCCGUGUUCUCAGUGUCAGUGGUGUUUUCCGGUGUCCGGAUGCUCAUCCAAGGACAUUAGGAUGCCAGGAACCACUCUUAAAUUUGGUUCAUGAUUAUCCAGAUAGUGACAUUGUCCAGGAAAUAAUCAAGAUUCUUUGUCAACGCUAUGUGCACUUCAGACGAACUCGCGGAGAUGGCAACUAUUUCUACAGAGCUUUCCUUUUCUCCUACAUGGAAAAUCUUGGACAAAUGCAAGAUAGUCAAGCUGAAGUUACUCGUCUAAUGGAACAUGUGGCAGUGUCCAGAGAGAAUUUCUGUCGUCUGAAAUGGGACAAAGCAUACUUCUUAAAUCCUGAAGAAUACUUUUCAAGUGUUGUUUCUGAGUUGAAUCAUUUGGUCAAUUCUGUUGCAAAUGGUCUGAGUUCUCACGACUUGUACAAGAGAAGUCUACAGGAGAUCAUGCCACUCAGGAUUAUUUCUUUGCUAAGAUUGCUGGCAGAGACUGAGAUCCGUACUCGAGAAGCUCAUUACAAAUCAUUUAUCCCUGGAGAGAUGAAUGUCCAUCAGACUGAGCUCACUAUUUCACAUUUUAUGGUUUUGGCAUCAGUAUUGCUGCAAGGAGGUGCGUCCUCUGGAUAUUAAACCAACGAUGUUGGCAAUGAGGGCUCUAACAUAUGCACUUGGCAUCCCGCUGCGACUCGAAAUUAUAGGCAAAGCCUUGCAGGAUGGACAUUUGCAAGUAAAGCGCCUUGAUUUCUUCCCUCAGUCAGUGUCAGGGAAGGGUGCUUUCCAUAUGGUCCAAAGCUACUGGCCCUCAACCACAACCCCUGAACCACUGGAGCUGGGAAGCGGCAACCUGUUAUUAUCAUCUGAUGGCACGCCUUCGCUCACCUUGCUGUGUAGGUCUGAGGACUGCGACAUUCUUUAUCGCAAGUGAACUGUGCAAGUAUUUUGUAGGUUAUAGUUGGCAAAAAUCAUUCCUGGACGAUGACACAUAAAUCUAUUAAUUGAUAGUCCAAUACAGCAUGGCCAUGUAGGUUUUUACUGGCAUUUGAGAAAAAAAGCAACGAGCUGUUUUAUUCGCUUAGGAAAGUUUAGUGAUGUAGUCUUCAACCAGGCAUCGAUUAUGAGGGAAUACUUGGAUUGGGAAAUAUGAAUACAUAGUGCAGUUCUUACUGAUAUUGUACUCAUUUGCUUCCGUGUUCGGAAGGAAGCUAAAUAAUUGAUGAGGACAUGCGAAGAAUUAUAUGUUUUA